AUGACGAAAGAGAGAAUUGGCGGAGAGUUAUUAGGUGGCGGCGGUAAAAGAAGAGACGACAAGUUUAAGGUAAAAAAGGCAGACAAUGGCGAAGAUCUUAGCCCUUCAAGCCCAAAAAUACUUGAAUCCAAGCCCAAGAGCCCAUUGGCAGGCACCACAGCCACAAGACUGGAGCUUCCCGCGUUAAGCAAUUUUCUGUUUGGCGCUCUACAUAGUCAGUGCAGAAUGGAGUUGGAACCAUGGGCAGAGCUUGACGUCGACGACUCUGAUCUCUCUUCCUUUCUCCGCCCUUGCAAGCGAUUCCACUCCCAUUCCAAUUCCGAUUCCAAUUCCAUCCAACACCAAUCCCAAUCCCAAACCCUAAUCGACGCCGACUCUGCAUCGCCACCGCCACCGCUCAUUCCGGGUCCUGCCGGUGCCGUUCAGGCCGCCAUGAUGCACCGGAGAUCCCGAGGUCCCCUGGAAGAGCCCCUUCUUCCCACACAAGAAUUCAUUCGCCGCGUCGUCCAAAACGGCCACGAAAGCGAUCACGAUUUCACCACGAAUGCGUGGCUUUCCGCCUUCCAUUUCCUUCGUUCCCUGGACAGAGAGAGUGAUUCUGUGACGCCUUUGAACUCAAUCAAGAAGCAUCUCAAUGUCGUGAGAGUGCCUCUGGUCGUAGCUGUUAUCAAAUCGUGCACUCCCAAUGGUUUUGGAGACAUGAUGGUCACCCUCAAGGACCCUACGGGAACAAUUAGUGCCAGUGUUCACCAUAAAACCUUCUCCGACAGUGAAUAUGGGAAGGAUAUAACUGUUGGUUCAGUUGUAGUCCUCCAAAAGGUGGCUGUAUUUGCUCCCACUCGCUCGACUUUUUAUCUCAACAUAACAUUACGUAACAUACUCAAGAUUUUCUGCAAGGACAGCGGACUUCCAUCAGGACAAAUUCAUCCUUCUAUCUCAGCGAGGCAGACUACAUCAGAUAUGGAAAGGCAUGAAGAACCAAGGACGCUGGGCAAUACAUUCUCUCUGUCAGAGAAGGAAAGAACUGAAGAUCACAGAAUAGAAUCAAGGCUCGUUGCAAGAGAAGGGCAUGAAAAGUCAAGGAUGCCUGCUGAGACAUUCUCUCUACCACCAGAAAGAACUGAAGGAAUCUUGAUUGGUAAUAGGUUAGAUUCAAGGUUUCUUACAGAAGAAAGACAUGAAGAGUCACGGAUGAUGGACAAUACAUUUGCUCUGCCACAGGAAAGAACUGAAGGAAUCAUGACUAACCUCAGCUUAGGCUCAAAGUUUAUAGAAGGAGUAGAUAUUCACAAACAAAUGGGAGAAGAUUUAGUUGUACCAAGCUGUCACUCUGAUGAUGGAAACAACAGAAACCAAAAAUCUGUUUUCGAAAGAGAGAACUUAUCAUUUAAACAGGAUAAUGUUCGACCUGAAGAAGUAACCUGUGGUGAUGGGCUCCAAACUGAGUUGAACGGCCAGCACAAUCCACCUAAAUCAGCUGAAGGAGACAAUCUAAACCUAGCAUGCAGUGCUCGAGGCGGUGGUUCUUUAACAAAAAAUUCGAUUCAUAUAUCUGCUGGUGUAGAAACCGAGGUAAAAAACCACUUAGAAGGACAAAGAGUGAUCUCAAAUCCACAAAAUACAAUUCCGCAUUGGACAGACGAACAGCUGGAUGAGCUUCUAGCAUUUGAUUGAGACGAUGAUUUUGUUUGUCGAUCGUCCAAGCAAACGUUAGCUUAAGACGAGAUGACGAUCUCCAAGUUCUUUCUCUCUUGUGUAAAUGUUUCCAUACGAAUAUAUUCUGGAACACGUGCAUCUUUCUAAUCCCAGUGAGGUUACCGUCUUACUGACCUUGUUGAAAUCUGCCAUUGAUGUUCCAGAUUUCUAUUACGUAACAAUACACUUAAAAUUUAUUCAUUAAAAUUUUCACCUAUUAACUUCCCAAGUCCCA